CCUUUAUUUGACUGUAACCAAACAUCUGAGUGUGAGUCUUUAACCCACUUACACGCCAUCUUUCGUCCAACUGUUCAUUGUUUAUCAUUAUUUUUCUGUUUGUCAGUAAAUCUGUGCAUUUUGUUUUCUUUGUUUAAAAUUAGAUUGACCUCAUCUAUCUGGUUGAUUUUAGUUUAUUCUGUCAUCCUAGUACUCACUGGUAACCUGUGCUAUUCCAUUUUGGCAGAAUAAUGGAAAAACCUUUUAGUGAAAACUGUGUUGGCGAAGAUUUCUCUCGUUUAACUUCACUCUAUCCAUAUACUGAUUUAAAUGAGCUGCCAUUGUGUUGGUCUAAUAAGGAUAAAGCUAAUUUUAUUUCUUUAUCAGAUAAUAAUUUGAAGGUCCACUAUAAAGGUAAUGGUAAAAAUAAUAAAGAUGCUGCCUCCGUUCGCACUGCAAUCCCUAUACCCUCUAGUUGCCUAUUGUACUACUUUGAGAUAAAAGUUUUAAGCAAAGGUCGUGAUGGUUACAUGGGAAUUGGUCUAGCUGCUCAAGGUGCUAAUAUGCAACGAUUGCCUGGUUGGGAUAAGCAAUCAUAUGGUUAUCAUGGGGACGAUGGUAAUUCCUUUUGCUCAUCUGGUACUGGUCAACCUUACGGACCUAUUUUCACAACUGGUGAUGUCAUUGGCUGUGGUUACAACAUUGUUGAAAAUAACUGUUUCUUCACCAAGAAUGGCCACAAUCUUGGUAUUGCUUUUACAGAUUUGCCAAAUAUCCCUUUGUAUCCAACAAUUGGGCUUCAAACUCCAGGUGAAAAGGUUAAGGCCAACUUUGGACUGGAACCAUUUUGUUAUGACAUCGAAGACGACUUGAGAGCAUUGAGACAAAGAAUCACUGCAAAUAUUAUCAACCAUCCUGUCAAAUAUGCUGAAUGGCAAUCUGCUAUCAAUAAGCUUGUAUUAUCAUGGCUUAUUCACAACAGUUAUUGUUCUACGGCAGAAGUAUUUUCAUCUGUAACUAAACAAGAAUUCAAAGAAAAUGUGCAACAAAUUAAACAACGUCUUAGGAUACAACAGCUUGUCUUAACUGGCAAAAUUGAGGAUGCCAUUCAGCUGACUAACAAAUUAUAUCCUGAUGUACUUAACGAUAAUCCUAAUUUAUUGUUUGCCCUAAAAUGCAGACAAUUUGUUGAAAUGAUUAGUGAAUCUUGUAGUAAAAAGACUAUCCAAUCCUUAUCUUCAUCUGAUUCUGUAAACAAAUCCGCAGGAGACUUGAAAUCAUCAGACUCAACCUGUACAACAGUUACAAAGACUCUCAGCGUAACUAAUAAUGCAACUAACCCAUCACCAAAGACAGCUCAUCCAUCCACUCUGAUUUGUUCGCCUUCCUCGUCUUCGAAUUCCUUUUCUUCCUCAUCAAAGGAUUUUUCAUCUUCCACCAAUACGACUUCCAAUAUGGCUGCAACAUCCACAAUCAUUAGUAACAACAACACACACAAUAAUAGUGUUAAAAAUUGCAAUUCAAAUGACGCCAACGCCAAUACAACAACUAAUAAUAGUAAUAACACUAUCAAUACAAAUUCAACCAAUGGCCUAUCGACAAAUGACUGUAAUGGCAGUUUGUUUGGUGAUAAGAUGGAUAUCGAUCAUGAGCCCGAAGAAGAAAAUCCACCAAACAAAGCACAUUCUACUAUUACCUCUACCGAUGAACUUUCAAAUUAUGGUGAAGAUGACGCAAUGCGCUUGUCCAUGCUGAUCAAUUUUGGUCGGGAACUGCAUAAACUAUCAAAACAAUUAAAAAAGAAAAGUGGUUCAAAUGAUCAGAAUAAAAAGAUGCUCCUUCAAGUUUCCAGUUUAAUGGCCUACAGUGAUCCAACCAAAUCACCUAUUGCAUGGCAACUUAAUCCAAGUGAAAGGGAGCAUGUUUGUCAACAAUUAAAUAAUGCCAUUGUUAUGAGUGAACUUGGAGGCUGUGUUCAUCGUCCACCUUUAGAAACAAUUGUAAAGCACACUAAAUCACUAUUGAAGCUCAAUGGUCAAUGUGGAGCCUGGCUGUUAGAUCAACUAUGAAAAUCAAUUGAUUUAUUAUUACAAUUUAUCCUUUCAUCUUCUUUUCUCUUCUUCUGACCUAAUCUUUACUUCUUCUGUUCUUACCUUUUAAAUCAAAAAUUGAAACAAAAUCUUCACUAAAUGAGAAUAAUGGCUUUUUCAAUUAACGUCAAUAGCGCAAAAAAAUAAGCAAAUCUUGUAAACCAUUUAAUCCUUACUAACGCAAAGUUCUAUUCCUGACUCAUUUCUGCUUUCAAGCUGUCCUAAUGUAUUUUCUUCAUAUCUCUUAUUUCCUUUUCCCUUUCUGCUAAACUCAUCGCUCUUCUUAUACUCAUUAACAAUUCUAUAAUAGGUGAAUAAUGUCUCUAUCAUUCUUUAUUAGUCAAAAAACAAUAAAUUUAAUAUUCAUCUUAUU